AUGGAGGCGUCCCGCGGACCUCCCAGGGUCAAGAACAAGGCCGCCGCGCCCGUUCAGAUCUCUGCGGAGCAGCUCCUCCGAGAAGCCGUUGACCGGCAAGAACUUGGCCUCGAAGCGCCGACGCAACGUUUUGCCGAUUUGGAAGAAUUGCACGAAUACCAGGGCCGAAAGAGAAAGGAUUUCGAAGACUAUGUCCGGCGCAACCGCAUUAACAUGAACAACUGGAUGCGCUAUGCCGCCUGGGAAUUAGAACAGAAGGAAUUUCGCCGUGCGCGAUCCGUCUUCGAGCGUGCCCUUGAUGUGGACUCGACUUCCGUGGUGCUAUGGAUUCGCUACAUUGAAGCUGAGAUGAAGACACGAAAUAUCAACCACGCCCGCAACCUUCUCGACCGUGCCGUCACGAUUCUGCCCCGCGUCGAUAAGCUCUGGUACAAAUAUGUCUACAUGGAGGAGACUCUGGGAAAUGUCCCCGGUACCCGCCAGGUAUUCGAGCGAUGGAUGUCAUGGGAGCCGGAGGAGGGCGCCUGGAGCGCAUACAUCAAGCUGGAGAAGCGGUACAGCGAGUUUGAGCGCGCACGCGCGAUCUUCGAGCGAUUUACAGUCGUUCACCCGGAGCCCAGGAACUGGAUCAAAUGGGCGCGAUUUGAGGAGGAGUACGGCACAAGCGACUUGGUUCGUGAGGUCUACGGAGCGGCCAUCGAAACACUGGGAGAAGACUUUAUGGACGAGAAGCUCUUUACCGCUUACGCCAGAUUCGAGGCCAAGCUGAAGGAGUACGAGCGUGCUCGCGCCAUCUACAAGUAUGCUCUGGACCGCCUUCCACGAUCCAAGUCUAUGAUUCUGCACAAAGCCUACACAACCUUCGAAAAGCAAUAUGGUGAUCGCGAGGGUGUGGAGGACGUGGUUUUGGCCAAGCGCAGGGUUCAGUAUGAGGAGCAACUCAAGGAGAACCCUCGCAACUACGAUAUUUGGAUUGACUUGGCUCGUUUGGAGGAACUCUCAGGCGACGCAGAGCGGGUGCGUGAUAUUUACGAACGAGCCAUCGCCCAGAUACCCCCCUCACAAGACAAACGACACUGGCGUCGCUAUAUCUACCUCUGGAUCUUCUACGCUAUCUAUGAGGAGAUGGAAAUGGAGGAGCCAGAGCGCGCCCGGCAGAUCUACCAGGAGUGUUUGAAGAUGAUUCCCCACAAGACUUUCACAUUUGCCAAGAUCUGGCUUUUGAAGGCCCGAUUCGAAGUGCGACAAAUGGAGCUUCAAGCGGCACGGAAGACAUUGGGCCAAGCCAUUGGCAUGUGUCCGAAGAACAAGCUGUUCCGCUCCUACAUCGAGCUUGAACAACAAUUGCUCGAGUUCACACGCUGUCGAACUCUGUUUGAGAAACAGCUGGAGUGGAACCCUGUCAGCGCUCAGGCUUGGUUAGGGUUCGCACAGCUGGAGCGGGAUCUGGGCGACAUGGAUCGAGCGAGGGCCAUUUACGAGCUCGGCAUCGACCAACCCACAAUCGACAUGCCCGAGAUUCUUUGGAGAGCAUUCAUCUCAUUCGAAGAAGAAGAAGAAAACUAUGCCGGCGUUCGAGUCCUAUACGAGCGCCUUCUCGAGAAGACAGACAACCUCAAAGUCUGGAUGGAUUAUGCCCACUUCGAAAUGGGCCUCGAGUCCGAGCAAGCGGAAACAUACAACGACGAAGAAAAGAAGCACUCAGAAUCAGCCAUCAAGGCACGUGCGAUUUUCUCGCGUGCCCACGACUACUUCAAGGAGAGAAAUCAAAACGAAAUGCGUGCCAGUGUUAUCAAGCAAUGGCUUUCCUUCGAAAAAGUGUACGGCCCCCGCGAGGAAGUCGUCAAAAUCGCCAAGCAAGUUCCCCGCGCGAUCAAGAAGCGUCGCAAGCUGGAAGACGACACGUACGAGGAGUACAGAGAUUGGGUCUUCCCCGCAGACGACCAACAAGCAGCCAACCUCUCCAAGCUGCUUCAAAAGGCACACCAAUGGAAGCAGGCCCAAUCGUAG